GCUUCGUUAACAAGCAACUGGCAGUUUUACACUGAUUAAUUUUUACAUGCACAAAUUGCUGAAUUAAAUUGUAUUUAUAACUAAAUAAACAGAUAAAUAUGGGCAGCACAGUUUUUAACAAGUUACUGCUAGUGGCUGGCUUCGCAAGUCUGGCGCAUGCUGCUUUCUCUGCUGCACAUCAUCGUACCUACUUGCGCUUGACGGAGCAGGAAUGGACAAGUUUGCCGCUAGAUAUCAUACUGCAAACAGUGAUUAGCUUGGUGCUGGUGAUUUACAACAUAAUACAGAUAGUGGGCAACUUCAAGGAGAUACGCGCCACAGUGGACAUGCAGCAGAAGACUUGGGACACGCUGGGCAACUUUCCAUCAUUCUAUACAUUCAAUCAUCGCGGACGUGCGCUGAAUCCAAGCUAUAAAACGCCGAAGCCCAGCGAGAUUGAAGCGUCCAAGUAGAUCUUAGAGCAUGCUAACAAUAGUCAAUGGUUUACAUUUUUAGUUUAAUGCAUACAUAUAAUAAAUUAUGCUGAACCAA